AUGAGCAAAGUCUUCGUUAUUUUCGGAGCCACUGGGCAGCAUGGCGGCGCAGUAAUCGACUUUAUUCUGCAACAUGAGACCUUCUCGAAGGAGUUCAGUUUAAGAGGGAUCACGCGAAAUGCCUCAAUGCAGCAAGCGAUUCAGCUCAAAGCCCGCGGUGUGGGGGUCAUCGAAGCGGAUAUGAAUGAUCCUCCGUCACUAAGAGCAGCUCUCGAGGGAGAAUACGCUGUGUUUGCCAUGACUAAUUUCUGGGAUAAAGCAUGUGCCGAAGCCGAAAUUGCUCAAGGCAAGACCAUUGCCGAUGCAUCAUUAGCAGCAGGCGUAUCUCUGAUGAUCUGGUCCUCUCUGCCAGAUGUUACGAAGAUGUCAAAAGGACAACUCACCACUGUCGAGCAUUUCGAUAGCAAGGCCGAAGUUGAAGAUUACAUCCGAAGCCUGAAAUUUCCCAGUAGUGUCUUCUUCCUCUCUGGUUGGUUCAUGCAGAACUUUUGGGAUAAUUUUGUUCCAAAGCCAAGGAUGAUCUCCGAAGAUACAGUGUUGUUCCCAUUUGCCUGGCCCCCAGAUAUGCGCAUUCCGUUAAUCGACAUUGGCGAUGCAGGGAAAUAUCUUGCACCUGCAUUGUGA